AUGACUGAUACAAAUAUUGAUCCUUCGAUUGAAUCUUUUAAUCCAUUACGACAAACUUUUCGAAGUAAAAGUGCUGUUCCCGGACAUCGUACUAAAGUUCAUAAUAAAUAUUAUGAAUAUUUAAAAAAAUUACAAGAAAAAAAUAAAUUAAUUAAAGAAUAUAAUGAUCAACAUAAAACAAAUGAUGAUUAUUUAAAACAACGUGAAAAUGGCUUUCAAUUAUAUGUAAAUGGAGUUCAUAGCGCACCACCUCGACGACCACCAUCUGUUCUACGUAAAAGACUUGAGAAUUCCUCUAAUCGAAUUCAAACUCCGGCACCUUUUUUUUUCAAUUUGUCAUCUCCGACUUUAUCAAAAACACCUAAACGAUCGAAUUCUCAUCGUCGUCAAUGGACAUCAACAACAGAAACAAAAAUUAAAACUGAACAAGGUUCCAUUACAACUGAUAUUAAUUCUCAAAUGUUACAUAAGAAAAAAUCACAACAUGCAAAUAAUCAAAUGAUUGAAUUUGAUCAAAAUCAAAUACAAUCAAAUAUUGUAAAUAAUCAUAUCACUUAUCGUUUAAUGACACCAAUAAAUGUUGAUCAAAGUUGGAUGCCAAAUUGGUUUAGAAAUACUCAAUUACAAAUGAAAUCAGAUGAAGAUAAUUCUGAUUCUGAUCAAAGUCUUUCUUUAUCUCUUGAUGACAUAUCAACAACAGUUCAUUUAACUAAAUCUCAACAACAAACAUAUCGUUUAUCGACAACGGAACAUUAUCUAAAACAAAAAAAAGAGAAUUUUUCUUUUCUUUCCUCUUAUUAUCGAUCGUUAUGCAGUGAAGAAGGCACCUUGACAACGUAA